AUGCCUCCAGCAAACAGCGCCGGCAAUCCGCUGAGCGCACCGUCGCUCUCGACGUUCAUGGCGGCUAGCUUGCCCAAGGGCGCCGAGAGCAAGCUAAACAGUCCGUACGAGGCUGUCGCGCUUGCUGCUCAUGCGGCAAUGAUAGCGGUAGGCUUCCGUUUGAUCGGACUCGGCGAAGACGAUAGAAUAGACGCGACAGCAGACGCCGAGAACCCCCAACCGCUACCGACAGUCUGGAACGCCCACAACUCGUAUGCCUUCCGCUAUGCACACUCGCAAUCUGCUCUCGAAUACAUCAUCAAAGUCAACAGGCUAGGUGGCAAAGCCGUCGUAUUCGGUAUUGGCGUAGGCGACGAUAAGACGGCGAGCUUCGAUGUUGCCGUCAAGGACUAUUUAUCGGAGGGCUCACUACCCGUCUCAGCCUCGGAAGACACAUCGAAUGAAGACUUAGCAAAGAAGCUGCAGGAUGUCUUCAUCUCGCAAGGCCGUCUCUCCGACUUUGGCGCCCUGUUCAAGCUUUCCAUAAUACAGAAGCUGGCGCCUGGUCUGAGCAAGGCGGGAUAUGAGGACUCAAACACACAAGACGAGCGCGAUGCAGGCCGCGUGCGCGACCAACCACGACAAGGCGAGCCCGCAAACCCGAGACGGCCGCCAGAAGAGCCAGAGCCAGCCCGCCCGUACCCGUUCGUUGACCCGCUCGCGCAGCCUCGCAACCCAGGCCGCCCAUUGCCAGAACCGAUCCCCGGCUUCGAAGACGAAUACGAGAUCAAUCGCCCGCCACGCGGUGGCCUUCGCGACGACCGAAACCCAAUGGGCAUGGGCCAUAAUGACCUUUACCCGCCCGGUCUAGGUCCACACGACCCUCUGCGUCCUCAUCUUGGUGGUGGGCUGCCACGACCUGGCGGCAUGGGUGGCGGCAUGCAUCCGACGUUUGACGAUCCGCUAUUCGGUGGACAAGGCGGUGGAGGCAGCUAUGAUCCCAUGGCGCCGCCGGGUUCGAGAUAUGACCCCGUUGGACCCGGUAGUGCGCCGCGAGACAACCGAGGAGGUCCGCGAUUUCCUGGCGGAGGAGGCUUCGGUGGCCUAGGCGGUGCUGGAGGGAGGCCACCGAAUCCUUUUGGCGGCUUUGGCGAUGGUGACUUCAUAUAA